ACAUGCUUCCUUGUUUCAAUAGUCCUGAUUCAACUUUCCUGGAGAAAAGGUGGUCUGACCAUGGCAUCUGUAAACAAGAGUAUCAACACAUUUUCACUUAAUCUUUACAAAGAACUGAGCAGCUCUAACAAUGAGAAGAGUGUUUUCUGCUCACCUAUAAGCGUAGCAUCAGUACUGUCAAUGCUGAGCUUGGGUGCCAGAGGAGACACAGAGAGGCAAAUAAAGAAGGUUUUGGAAUUUGGUGAAUUUACUGAAGCAAGAGUUAAACCUCCCAAUCAAUGUGAAAAUCCAGCCCAAGGCAUUCAGCAAACGCAGCGAGUUCAGAAGCAGACGGCUCCGCCACGUCCUGAAGUGGGAGAGGAGCAUCGGCAAUUUCAAAAUAUUCUGUAUAAAUUGACAUCUCUUCAAAGUGAGACAGAACUUAAAAUUGCCAAUGGGAUGUUUGCUCAAGACAAGUUCCCAUUAUUACAGCAAUACGUGAAAAGUGUGCAGCUACUUUAUCAGGCUAAACUUGAGUCUUUGGAUUUUCAAAAGGAUGAGAGCAGGCAAGAGAUUAAUAAAUGGGUGGAACACCAAACAAAAGAUAAAAUCAAGGACUUAUUUCCACCAAACUCAAUUGACAGAAAUGCUGCCUUGGUCCUGGUCAGUGCAAUAUAUUUUAAGGGACAAUGGGAGACUCCGUUUGAUGUUGAAAAUACAAAAGAAUCACCUUUCUACGUGAACAAGGAUGUAGUUGUAUCCGUUCCAAUGAUGAAUCAAACAGCUAAGUUUAAUGUGGGAAUUCUAGAGGAUCUGGGUGCCAAAAUCCUUGACUUACCGUAUGGAGGAGGUGAAUUGAGUAUGUUCAUACUUCUCACGGAUGAAAGAUUUGGUCUAGAGAAAAUUGAGCACCAGAUAACUGCAGAGUCAUUGGCUCUGUGGACAAAAAGAGAAAACAUGGUUAAUACAAGGCAUGAUGUCUACCUGCCCCGGUUUAAGUUAGAGGAGAGCUACAAUCUGGGCCCAAACCUGGUUAAAAUGGGAAUGGUGGAUGCAUUCAGCCAACAAAAAGCUGACUUGUCUGGAAUUUCCAAAGUGGGUCUGAAUGUCUCAAAAGUGUUUCAUAAGGCUUUUAUUGACGUAAAUGAAGAAGGCACUGAAGCAGCUGCAGGAACUGGAGCGAUCGUCAUCCCAAAAAUGCUUCCUCCAACUUUCAAAGUAGAUCAUCCAUUCUACUUUUGUAUAAAACACAAUGAAACAAACACCAUUCUUUUCAAUGGGAAGUUAAUGUCACCAUAGAAGAAUUGUAGAUUGGCAAAAGAAAAGAGAAUCAAAUAUGUUAAAAUAAAAAUAUAUCUUUCAGCUGUUUAAAAGCCAUCUACAUUUUUGUCAGUAUCCUAAAAUAUAUAGCGAUUUUUUUUAGUAACGUAUAAGUAGAAAAUAAUAUGCUUGAGGGAAAGAAAUGUAAUGGCCGCUAUGCAAGCUUACAAAUGUAAAGGUGGAUUCUGUAGUGACUUUCAAAUUGAGAUGAACAGAAACAGUAACAAUGCAGAGAUAAGUCAGGCUGUUAAAGGGAUUCACUUGAAGUAGAGAAAAACCUCACAAUAUUAAAAACAAAACAAAAAAAACAUGACAAUUAGAAUAAUAGUGUAUGUUUUAUCAACACAAUAUUGUCUUUUGCUACUCAAAGAAAAUGCCGUUUAACAGCCUGGUUCAAUUAUAAUUGUAAUUUCUUAAUUUCUGUGCCAAAGUAGGUUAGGCAGAGAUGGAAGUAAGAGCCUAUUUGUUAGGAAAUUGUCUGUGGUGGGUUUGGUGCCAGACAACUUUCUUCCACCUGAGGUCUAACCUUUGGCUUAAAAAUGGCUAUUGCAAGCAUUGCAUGUGUUAUAGUGCGGGAGGCAAGAACUCACAGAGGGUACACCGUAAAUCAAUUAGUAACCAAUGAUCAACCAACAGACAGGGUUCACAAGGGUAAGACAUGGAUUAAGAACAAAGAGGAACAGUAAACUUUCAGAUUGGCACUAAGAGAAGGAAGCAAGUAAUCCAUGACAAAUUUCUAUUCAAUGUAGUCAAGCUACCUGAAUGCAAGGUCCAUGGUACAAUUCUAGAGCAGAGCAAACCUGGAAAGGCAAGGAAGGACAGUAGAGUGAGUAGUAAAACGGACAAGAUAGUUGAAGCAUAAAUGGACUAGUACUGACUAAAUAGCAAAUACAUACAUGACCAAACCUAGAGCCAAAAUCAUUAUCAAAGUCCAAUCCUAAAUUCCAUAUACUGGUGCACGUAUAUGUAGUUUGAAAUCUACACAGACACAAGUAUUUAGUAGUCAAUAUGUUCAAUGAGGCAGAUCACACCUAAACAUUUCACCACAGGUUGAGCAAGAGAGAGACAAUCAUGCAUGAUAUGUGCCUAUGCUUGCACAAACAAGUUCUUGCAAGAGACACUGUUCCAUUAGGAAGGCAUAGAGCAGGGGUGCCCAAAAGGUAGAUCCCCAGACUUUGUAGAACUACGAUCCCCUUGAUGCUCUGCAUGCCUUUAGAAUGCUUUAGAAUAGCAAAAUAUAAUGGAAGCUGUAGUUCUACAACAUCUGAUAUACCUUUUGGGCACCCCUGGCAUAAAGAGUCCUUACAUUUUGCUUAAACCACAACAUUGAUGCACACCUUUUUGAAGUUCAGCCUGGCAGCAGGUGGGCAUCCAGUUUUGCAGGAGCCGCUUUUAUUUGGUGAUUGAAUAUUUGAUGCUUAAUAUUUACAACUUGUAGAAUUCUAUUAUACACCAAUACGAAAUUUUAGCAUUUUUAACAUCUUAUAUUUUCUCUAAAAAAUAUUUUCUUAUAGUACAUUUUGCCAACAUGCUUCAGCUACAGUUGAAAUUCUCUCAUAAAUAUGCAAUACUGUUUAUAUUCUUUUAAAGUGGCAACAUGAUAAUAAAAUUAAUUUCAUUCUCUAAAAUUGUUCAA